CACAACCUAUCUCUCUCUCUCUCUCUCUUUAUUAAAUUCCUCAUUCGUUAUCUCUCUCUCUCUCAAAGUAUGUAUAAAGUAUAGGUUAGGGAGAGUGUCUGUGUGUGUGUGAUGGAAAUAACGACGAAGAGGUAUUGGCGGAGGUGGAGAGGAUACGAGAAGCUUGAUAGGUCAUCGACGGUGGGUCGAAGGAAUGGAAAACGGGUCAAAAUGGAUCCGACCAAGAAGAAACGCUUUUGGAGGAUCAAGAUUAUGCCAAAACUGAGGAUCCUCAGAAGAGCUUCACCUAAGAGGUUUCUGGUUUGGUUACGCGACUCUUAUGUUAAUAUGAUGAUGAGGUUGGCAAACUCACGGGCCGUCGGUGCUUCUGGAUACGGUGGAUCCGGUUUUGGGUCGGGUCAGAUGAAGGAGUAUGAUGAGAAAAUGCUUGUAGAGAUUUACAAGACAAUAUUGAUGGCACAAGCUCAGGGGAAACUCGUGCAACACGACACAGCUAACAAGCUUCCUUGUGAACCAGCAGUUGUCUCCGUUUAUCCUGUUGUUUAGGUGUGUGAUUUCAUCUUGGAAUCGGUCGGGAAGUGAAUGCGGUUGGAGGAUAUCAGUGUGGUAAUAUUUAUUGCGUUGAAUGUAUCGGUGCGAUGAUUUCAAAUGAGUCAGCAAGCACGUAUUGUGUUUCUUUCAUCAACUUACACACAAGAACUUAAAUAC